AUGUUGGAAACGUGGGAGCGAUUUUAUGCUAAACAGCCUGUACGUAACAUCGAGAUAAAUCCAAGUUCAAGGCGCAAGUAUAGAACGAGAGACGCUGAGUAUACAAGCUCCAGUGAGUACUAUACUUCCAUUCCACCGCCAACCCUCAGGAGGAUCGCACUUUUAUCUUAUCAAUAUGGUAUUGAAACUACUCAUCCUUUUUACACUAACGUUGUCUCCAAACAUAUUUAUUUAUGCUUAAUUUUAUAUGAAUACUCAAUAUUAUUUUUAAGAUUAACCCACAAUGCCUUGGGUUCGGAUCGAUAUGAUUUGCCUGAACUGCCGCCUGGUGAGGCGCCGGAGCCGAUCCUAUCGUUUAUGGAGCACACAUACAGACUUGGUCGCGGCAGAGCAACGCAUGAUGGUGAUGCCGGGGAGCCACUACUCUUGACGCCACUGAUAGAAGAUAAUAAGAUAGAAGAGGCUAGAGCCGCAGCAUAUGUGAACCCGGACUAUCUACUACCUGGCAUGGAUAGUUAUGCGGGCUAUUUAACCGUAAACAAGGAAUACAACGCAAAUCUUUGGUUCUGGUAUUUUCCAGUAUCUGACCAGCCUGUUGAAGAAACUCCUUGGAUAAUUUGGUUGCAAGGAGGUCCGGGCGCUUCAUCGCUAUACGGACUCUUUACAGAAAUUGGUCCAUUGGUUGUCACGGAUGAGAAUGAAUUGAAAGAACUUCAAUACUCGUGGGGUAAAAAUCACUCGCUCCUGUUCAUUGACAACCCUGUCGGAACUGGUUUCAGCUUUACUUAUGAUGACAGAGGUUUUGCUACCAAUCAAACGACAAUCGGAGAAAACCUGUACACAGCUCUGCAGCAGUUCCUGACACUGUUCCCGGAGCUGAGGAAGGCUCCUCUGACUAUAGCUGGCGAAUCGUAUGCCGGGAAACACAUCCCUUCACUUGGCGUCCAAAUACUUUGGAAUAAACAUCAAGAUAAGCCGAUCAACUUACAGGGUUUAGCCAUCGGUAAUGGGUUCAUUGACCCGCUAUCACUGCAAAGGUACAGCUAUUUCGUACGCGAAGUUGGUUUGGUUGACGAUAAAGUAGCUAAUGUUAUGAACCAAUUGGAAACUGCUAUCGUCCAGUUCAUUAAAGCCGAUCAAAUGCUGAAAGCGUAUGCCUACUAUAAUUAUCUCUUGCAACUGUUUCUAUCGGAAUCUAAAUUAAAUAAUCUGUAUAACUAUCUAGAAGAUGAUAUAAGUUUGGACGGCGCGUAUCUUGAUUACAUACAAAGAACGGAUAUCAGAAAGGCUUUACACGUAGGUAAUACCAACUUUACCUCAAUAGGGGUUGUAUACAGAAAAUUAGUGCCAGAUUUCAUGGCUAGUGGUAAAUCUAUGCUGGAAGAACUGUUGGAGAACUAUCGAGUGAUGUUAUUCAAUGGUCAUCUAGAUAUAAUAGUGGCUUAUCAUCCGUCAGUUAACACUUACGAGUCUUUAUCCUUCUCUGGGACUAUGGAAUACAAAACUGCCAAACGUCGUGCCUGGUAUCAUGACGGACAAUUGGCUGGGUAUUACAAAACAGCUGGUAAUUUAACAGAGGUAAUGAUCCGUGGCGCUGGUCACAUGGUCCCCGCCAACAAACCGGCCGCAGCCCUAGGGCUCAUCUCGGCCUUCGCCCGCGGUAUAACUUUAGACGAAGACACGGGUUCACUGGUGAAUAUAGAAAAAAACCUCUCAAAAACUCAUCCUCAGCCAGUCUGA